AUGGCCUUACCUCGGAUGUUCUUUGGUUUAGCCGCACUCGUCACUCUUGUCCUCGCGUCAGGUUUCUCGUCGGCAGCCAUCUACCAGAGAUCGGUCCCGCAAGGCUGGUCGCUGCACCGUCGCGCCGACCCCGACGCCCUGCUUCCCCUCAAGUUCAGCCUCGCCCAGUCCAAUCUCCAAAACCUUGAAGCCUACCUACUAGAUAUUGCCGACCCGACAUCGCCUAACUAUGGCAAGCACUGGCCCGCUGAUAAGGUCACCGACACCUUUCGACCUUCGAAGACCACCGUGGACGUUGUGCAUUCUUGGCUUGCUGUCGACAACGGGAUUAGUUUAGACAAUAUCCAGCUGAGCCGCAACGGGGAUGCGCUUCACGUCAACGUGACUAUUGCCGAGGCCGAACGCAUCCUCGGUGCAGAAUACAAUAUCUAUCGUCAUGGCAAGACAGGCAUUGAGCGCGUUGGAUGCCACCAAGGUUACGCCUUGCCUGAGCAUGUGUCGAAGCACGUCGACAUUGUGUGGCCUACGGUACACUUUGGUAACUCGGUGGUUACCCGGAGGGAUGCCUCUGCGUCUAGCCUCUUGCAUGUCGAGCACGAGUCUGGGGCCACCACACAGCCAAUCUCGGAAGCGGAGCUAGAGGCGUCAGGUUGCGACGAAGCGGUCACAAUCGAGUGCUUGCGUGACCUGUACCAUUUCGACUACGAACCUCUUGCCGCCGAUAGGAACACUAUCGCUGUCGCCGAGUUUGAAGCAAACAUAGUUCAGCCCGCCGACCUAGAUCUGUUCUUCCAAACGUAUGCCCCCGAUAGAGUUGGGCAAGUACCUACUCUGGUCAGCAUCGAGAAUGGAACGAACUCCCCGCCCGGAUCUCUGGGGGAAGCUACGUUAGACUUUGACCUCGUGAUGGGUCUCCUCAGUGCCAAGCAGGAGGUCAAGCAAUACGCUGUGGGAACCACCAAUGCUAAUCAGAAUCCAGUGGACGAACUUCUUGGCGCAUUUGAUGCUUCGUUCUGUGAGCGGGACGGUGUAAGCGACGAAGACCUUGUUGACUGUGGAGACAAACCUCUGCCCAAUGUUAUAUCCAUCUCGUACCACUUUUCUCCCGACUACAUCGACCCCACUAUCACUCCCGUCGUCACAAGGCAAUGCACCGAGAUUGGCAAGCUUAGUCUGAGGGGCAUCACGUUUGUUGCGUCAUCUGGUGACAGCGGGGUUUCGUACGGAACUGGCCAGCACGGCUGUUUGGUGAAUGGUACUCUUGUCAACGGCAACCCCGUUGGGACGUUCAUCGGGCAGCUGCCUGCCUCGUGUCCCUUCGUCACGGCUGUCGGUGCGACGUCAGUGGUACCCGGAAAUAGUGUGGACGAUCCCGAAGAGGCAACGACCGACUUCCCGUCUGGAGGCGGCUUCUCGAACAACUUUGCUCGUCCAAGCUGGCAAGAGGCCCAGGUCAGCAAGUAUCUGUCCAAGUUCGCACCCGACUACGCUCCGGACAUCUUCAACAGGUCUGGCAGAGCCUACCCCGACGUUGCAGCUAAUGGGUGGCCCACUGUCGUCGCAACAAACGGAAAAUUCUUCCAGUCAGGCGGUACAUCCGCAUCCGCGCCCAUCUUCGCAUCUUUCGUCGCGUCGGUCAACGAUGCUCGUAUCGCCGCUGGUAAAAGGACGGUGGGCUGGAUCAACCCCGCGCUGUACUCUCGCGAGUUUGCUCAUGUGUACAACGACAUAACUAACGGGACGAACCCCGGAUGCCAGACUGAGGGCUUCCCCGCUGCUCCUGGCUGGGACCCUGUUACCGGACUGGGCACACUGAACUUUCCGCUUCUUCUGGCAGCGUUCUUGCAGCUUCCGUGA